AUGGCCUCAUCAUCAUCGUCAUCCGGGGCAGGAUCCCCCCUCGCCGCCUACUCCGCCUACAAGUUCUUCACCGUCACCUCCCCCAAGCCCUUCGUGGCGCACGUGCAGAUCCAGCGCCCAGACAAGCUCAACGCCUUCUCCGAGGCCAUGUGGCUCGAGUUUGGGCGCGUUUUCCAGCAGCUGAGCGCCGACGCCGACGUGCGCGCCGUCGUGCUGAGCGGAGCGGGCGACAAGGCCUUCACGGCUGGCCUGGACGUGCAGUCGGCGUCGCAGGACUCGACGCUCAUGUCGGACCAGAAGGAUCCGGCGAGGAAGGCCAAGGGCAUGAGGGCGCAGAUUGAGGAGUUUCAGGCUUCUAUCGGGGCCAUGGAGAAGUGCGAGAAGCCCGUCAUUGCCGCCAUGCACGGCAUUGCCCUUGGCCUCGCCAUCGACAUUUCCUGCACCGCCGAUAUCCGCAUUUGCGCCUCCAACACCCGUUUUGCCGUCAAGGAGGUCGAUAUCGGCCUCGCUGCUGACAUUGGCACGCUUGCCCGUCUCCCCAAGAUUGUGGGAUCUACGUCCUGGGUCAAGGACGUGUGCUUGACGGCCCGUGACUUUUCUGCACAGGAGGCCCUCGCAGUGGGUUUCGUGAGCCAAGUGCACGAGGGCAAGGAGAAGACGGUGCAGGUUGCCAUUGACCUUGCGGCUAAUAUCGCAGGGAAGAGCCCCGUGGCAGUGCAGGGCACCAAGGAGCUGUUGAACCACGCGAGAGAUCACAGCACUGUGGACACUCUGCGGUAUACGCAGCUGUGGAAUUCAGUGGCGUUGCAGGGAGCGGAUUUCCCUGCGGCGAUAUUGAGUGUGUUGAAGAAGCAGAAGCCGACGUUUGCCAAGUUGUAA